AACUGGAAGAAAGAAUCAGGCAGAAAAAUCUUACAUAAAAUUGUUUCAGAAGAACUAAUAUUGUUACAGAGGUGACAUCCAUAAGUAAAUGUUAGAUAUAUGCCUUAAUGUAUACCAAAAUGCCUAAAUUCAACAAUAAUAUGCUUAAGAAAACAUCAGAGUGGGUUAGGUUAGGGUUCCUAGUAUAUUAUCAGCAAAAGAAAAUACAGGGUCAAAACUGUUUUUGAAGCUAUUCCGCCUUCAUUUUCCUAGUGUUUCCAUCAGAAUGUGUGGAUAUGAUUAUAUCUGACAAGUGAUCUACAAAACAAUGACAAUUGCAGGCCUAUCACAGGCCCGUUCCAGUCUUCACAUCUAACUCUUUGCACAAUGCAGGGAUCUAGAUUAAAACAUUCAGACAAUUUUCUAGCCUCCAUUUGAAAUGAAAAGGAGAAUAUUUAUAGCUCAGGGUUGAAAUGAGGGGAUCUUGGUACUCUCUAAGCCUGAUUGUUUUAACAUCCUAGUUUGGAUAAUGAAACAUCUGCAAGAAAACAACCAAGCUAAGAAAGCAUCAAGGACUACUGAAAGGGAAGCACCUAUGUCUCUAAGUAAUUGGUUCCAUCGUUGAACAACUCCUAUUCUUGCAAUAUUUUUUCUUCUGCUCUUCUUCCUGUAAUUCCAAUUGUGCUUUGAACUCUGGAAUAAGAGAGGACAUGUGUUGACAUCCUUUCAGGUUGUUGAAGUUUAUAUUCCAACUCAGUUUUUUUUUCUUUUUUUUUUUUUUUUUGAAGACUACAGCUCCUUUGAUCUCUCUUCAAAGGUUUUAGUUUUUAGUGCUGUGAUAAUCUUUGUUUUUUUUUUUUUCUGAAUUGUCCUUAAAGGGGACUUCCUGGAAUUAAUACAUCUACUAGCUUGUAACAUUUAAUUUUCUAGCACUUAUCUCUAUAGUCUAUUGGAAGCAAUGAUGUUCCUUCCAUGUUCACCUUUAUGACUUCCAAACUAUGCUUUCUCUCUUAAUCUCUAUACAACUCCCACACUUCUCUUUUAUUUCCCGAUCUAUUGUACUUUUCUGGUCGGCUUCUACUAAAAGCUCACACAAUUUUACACUUUGCCCUGAUGUCAGAAUCAGAUUAAGUGGAACUAACAAAAGGUGACCUUGCGAUUGUGAAGUAAUUGCAAUUUAUGGGCAUGAAGAAGUUUUAAAGUGGAAGCGAAAUCAUUUUGAUUUUUUUUUUAAAAAAACUUAAGAAUGUAAUGUUUGAAAGCUAAAUAUUUUGUUUGUUGUUUGCCCAUAAGCCUAGAUUCGAUUUAAACUCUUUUUGACAAAAACGUCCAAAUUAUCAGCAAGGCUUGGGGGUUUGGGUGGAGGGUGUUCCAAAUUCAAUACAAACUCUGAAAGCAAAGGUGCAAUGCUUUUUUUAUCUGCAACUGUUUUUCUAUCAUCUUUUAGAACAGAGCUUUUAAGGGUACGUUAGCUGAUUUUGUGCCUCUGAAAAUAUUCCCGGCAGGGUAAUGGCUUAAGUUGUCCCUAAGAUACAUAUGAGGCAGUGGUGGGUUGCUCCCAGUUUGGUCCAGUUCUAUAGAACAGGUAGUAAAACCAGUGGGAGGCUCCGCCUACCCGCCAUGACAUCAUAAUGAGUGAUCUGCGCAUGCGCAGAAGCUUCUUAUGUGCUCCCGUUGCAAACCGGUAGUAAUGUCAGCAGCAGAAUAUGUGAAGUCCCGCUUACCAGAAGUCCUAAAGCAACACCUUCAGGAUUAUGAGAAAGAUAAGGAGAACAGUGUAUUAUCCUAUCAAACCAUCCUGGAGCAACAAAUUCUCUCAAUUGACCGAGAAAUGCUGGAAAAAUUGACUGUAUCCUAUGAUGAGGCAGGAACAACAUGUUUGAUUGCUUUACUGUCCGAUAAAGAGCUCACAGUGGCCAACGUUGGAGAUUCAAGGGGGGUCUUGUGCGAUAAGGAUGGAAAUGCUAUUCCUUUGUCUCAUGAUCACAAGCCCUAUCAGCUGAAAGAAAGAAAGAGGAUUAAAAGAGCUGGUGGCUUCAUCAGUUUCAAUGGUUCCUGGCGUGUUCAGGGGAUCCUGGCCAUGUCUCGUUCUCUUGGGGAUUACCCGUUGAAGAAUCUGAAUGUUGUCAUCCCUGAUCCAGAUAUCUUGACCUUUGACCUGGACAAACUCCAGCCAGAGUUCAUGAUCUUAGCUUCUGAUGGGCUCUGGGAUGCGUUCAGUAAUGAGGAAGCGGUGCGAUUCAUCAAAGAACGAUUAGAUGAGCCACAUUUUGGAGCCAAGAGCAUAGUGCUCCAAUCUUUUUAUAGGGGAUGCCCUGACAAUAUUACAGUCAUGGUGGUUAAGUUCAAAAACAGUAACAGAGCGGAAGACCAGUAAAAAAGAGAAAGAAAAGUGGGGGGGAGAAAGAGAAAUAAAAGUAAGACCAAGCUCUGCCUCUCACUUGGCGAACUUCUUCAUUUAACCUUUACACUUCAACACAGUAGACAGUGGUAGCAAGUAUAUUAGUAUUAAAAUUGUACAUCCAAAAACGAGAGUAGAAAAACCACCCUUUUUGGUAAACAUAGCAAACAAAAUCGACAAUUCAAUUUGUUUUGUUUUGUUUUUAAAUGAAAAGGACCUCGUACCUUUUACUCUCUAGAUCUCUGAUGGUCUCAGCUUAGAAAAUCCUUCAAUUAUAAAGGCCUAUGACUCCUGCUUCAGAGAUUCCAAUCGACUGCAAUUCCCUUAGUCUUCACAUAACAGCUUAGAGUUGCAUUUGGACUUGGAACAGCUGAAACAUAAUAGGAACAGCUGAUUGCUUGGAAGCAGUUGAUAAAACUGACAUGGGAUUGCCACCAGCGUGACGAUCCAUUCUAGCGUCCUCUCCUUCAUAGUGCUACAUCUGCUUAGUUAAACUGCAGAAAGAACAAAAGUGGGUCUAGAUAACAGUUUCAUAACAAGGAGGUAUCAAUGGGUCCAUGACAGAUAACUACUGUCCCUUUCCAUUGGUAUACUUCCUGCUAGAUCGUUAGCAUUAAACAAUUGAGCUUUUCCAUUGCUGUGUUUAUAAGGUUUGUGUGCAUGCUUCAGAAUGAACUUUGUUUCUUUUUAAAAAAAAACUAGCCAGCAGAUAGAUUUUAAGAUCCAUGCUCACUUAAAAAUGUCCCCUUUAUUAAUUCUUGUUUCUGGAUGAGCUGAAUUAAUUUCUGUUUCUAGUUUCGGGCCAUAAUUCUGUGUAGUUCAGACAUCGAAAACUGUUGUUAAGACCAUGGUAUAAAAUGUGUCUUUAGCUUAGAAGAUUCUGAUAUAAGACUUUAGCAUUUCUAAACUUGUAUUUAGGGGAUAAGGCUAGCAUAUUAAUGAAGCAAGAAAACUGAAAUAGGAACAUAGUGCCAAACUCAUGGAAAAUAACAGGUAAAGCAUUUUUUUUUCAUUAGCAAUGAAGCUUUGUUCCAAAGCAGAAGAAUUGGCAAGCAAGUUUUACGAUUUAAAUAUUUAAUGAUAUCAAUCUUCAAAAGCCAGCCCUAAUAGUAAAUGUUGUCUGCAUAUAGCUGCAGUUUGAAGUUUAUGGCGUUUGGUAUGCGCUGACUGCUUAAUUUCAGUGUGCCUAUCAUCUGUGUGUCUCAUGACCAACUUUCUGCAGAUUGAUAGCUCCAGAUGUGUUGGGCUGCAGUUCCCAUAAUUCCAACAUCUGGCAAGUGAAAUGUUGGGAAAGCUUUGGGUAACAGGAUAGACUUAGUUGCAAUCAGUGGUGGUAUCUGACCUUGAGCUAUUUGCUGCAUCAUUCUAAUUGUAACCUCUUUCUAUCAUGCAAAUUAGGGGGAGAGAGAUCAGGCAUUCUGAUUUACAAUGGAUCCAGUAGAAUUUUUCUGCAAGCAGAAUAGGGAUUAAUGGAUGCUAUCAUUGAGGAACACAAAUAGCGUUAUUUCCAAAAGAAAACAAAAUUAGACCUGUUAAUGUGUGGAAUAUUACUCAUGUCUACAGGCUGUAAUUUAGAAUCAAAACUAUAGAAAUGCUAGUCAAAAUGCCCCAUUAGAUUGCUGCAAAGAUGUUGGAAUAUAGCUUCUCUAUUCUAAUUAAGGUGCUGUAAUUAAUUGGACAUUGCCAGGAUUAAUAAUUCGUGAAGUGCUAUUUAAUCAUCUUAUUUCAUUCUCCGUUGGUAUAUAGAGGUUCUCCUGAACAAUUAACUCAAGAGGCAACAGGGAAGGUGCCUUAGUCCAUCCCUGAAGUAGUUGGGUAACUUGAAAUUCAUACAAUGGAUUAAGACAGGGUUGGGCAACUAUGGCUCUUUUACACCUUGUAAAGCAUGGUGCCUCAAGAAUUUGGAGAGUUGAAAUCCACAGGUCAUAAUGGGGGCAUAAUUGUCCACCCUUGGAUUAAGAUAUACCAAGCGUGCAUUAGUUACUUCCGAUGUCUUUAUUUCUUGCCUUUGUUGUGUCUUCUUAGAGAUAUUACUUAGAUUCUCAAAAUAUUACUAGUUUUGCUAGUUUUGAUUGAAUGAUUACAUGCCAUCAAGUUGAUAUUGACUCUUGCAGACUACAUAGAUUUCCUCCAUGAUAUCUGUCCUUCAGCUCUUCAAUGCACUCAUUGCUAGUUACUGUUUAUCCUCUUCUUCUUUUUCCUUUCCCCCUUUCGAGCAUUAAAACCUUUUCAGAGAGCUAGGUCUUUGUAUAAUGUCUAAAACAGGGUGGUUUUAGCUUCAGCUUAUUUGGGUGAUUAAAGAAAAAUAAAAAGAUGCUUCCCCAAUCUUUAUUUUGUUACAUUCCUGUACAAAAAUGAAGAGGCAUCUUUAAUUCAAAGACCUGUUUAAAAAAAUCAAAAACACAACUAUAAACUAAUGCACCAGAGUCAUUAAAUAUGGUUAUACUGCAAAAUUGAAAUACUAAAUCAAAACAGUUCCAUUUUCAUUUUUCACCUUUCUAAAGCUCUAUAUAUGGUAGUACUUAAAUUUUGAGGUAUGUAGAAUAAGAAUUACAAAUAAAAAAAUAAUCUUUUUUAACCUGGUUAGUAGGAGAUGCUUGUCCAACUCUUAUGUGGCUAUUAUCUGGAACAGUUAAUUUAGGCACAGUAUUAGCUGCAGCUCUUUUAAGGGCCUUAACUCAGGGGUGGGUUCUACUUACCUUUACUACCGGUUUGUAUUGUGCCCAUGUGCGUACUCUUCUGCGCAUGCACAGAAGCUUCUGCGCAUGCGCAGAUCACUUCUGAUGACAUCCGGGUCAGUGGGCGGAGCCUCCUGCCGGUUUUACUACUGGUUCUUGCGAACCGGUCCGAACCAGGGGCAACCCACCACUGACUUAACUAAAUAGUUUCUCCCACCUCUUUGUCAUUAUAACUGAGCCCUAGAGCCCUAAAUUAAAUCAUUGAAAAUCUAUUGUAUUUUUUCACUCCCUUUGUCGAUUAAGUCCUGAUUUUUUAGAGUAACAGAACAAUCUUUCUGUCACAGCUGCAAUAUUUUUAAACUAUUAGCGAUAGCAUCUUUUUGUGAUUUAUUUUUAAUUUCUUGAAGGUAUAUCAAUGUCAGCCACCCUGAAGUUUCUGUUGUAUAUGCCAGGGCUAGAACAAAUACCACAUGAAGGAAUUUUGCACUAGAGGCAACUUCCAAAAUAAAACCAGAGCUCUUCUGAAUCAUUAAAAUGUAAAAAUCAAUUAGUUUGGAAAGUUCUUGCUGAUGCAUUUGUGCAUACAAGUUGUCAUUAUUUAUUAGCUGAUUUGGAAAUGAGAUUAACCCAACCAAAACCAAAAGUCUUUUAGAAAUGAAUAAGCCUAUUCCCAAUAUCUAUUUAUAUUCUUUAUCUGCACACACCCCUCCAUCACUAUUGAAAACUAUCAAACAAUGUUGACUCUUCAUAAGAUCCAUCACUUUUUAUAUGUGUUAAAUUGAAGUAGGACUAGAAGGAUUGGGGGACGUUGCCCAUAACUAGACAUCUCGGAAAUAUGUUAGACCUGUUAAUAUGUGGAAUAUUGGUCAUGUCUACAGGCUGUAAUUGAGAAUCAAAACUAUAGAAAUGUGAGUCAAAAUGAGCAGUAUCAAGCAGCAGUUAAUGGAGUGAUGCCACUCGUCUGUGAAACCUACUUACUUGAGAAUAAACCCCACUGAAUUCAGUAGACCUAACCUUUAGGAUAUAUGCCUAGAAUUGCACUGCUAGCAUAUUAUUAUCAGUAUACUUCCAGCACACUAAUAUCAGUAUUAGAAAGAAGAAUGACUGAAACCUACUUCCUAUUCUAGUGUUGUUUCUUGUUCAGAACACUGAAGCUUAUGAGAAGCUUUCCAUUUUUUUUAUAGACUGGAAUAAAUAGUUUAAUUGUGUUAUGGUGAUACAGCAUUGCUGUGAAAAAUAAUCAUGGUAAAAACACAUGUAAAUGGAACCGGCAAAUGUAUUCAUUUGCAGUCUGUUGAAAGCUGUUUUUAAUGUCUGAGGAAGAGAAAAUUCAUUGUUAACAGGAAAAUAGCUGUAAACAAUUACAGAGUACAAAUUAUAUUCAGUCAAGUGUUUAAAAAGGCCACAAUUGGCUAGUCACCUACUCAAUGAAGGGCAAAAAUAUGUAUGCUGCGCAAAAGGCUACUCAGAAUUAGUGGCAUCAUUCAAAUAUUUACAGUAUAAACAUUUAUAAUCUUUCCCCUUGGAGAAAAAGCUCCUGCUUAACAAGAAAACAGGCUGAGAUAAUAGAAGAGCUUGACCUGAGAUGUAGUAUCUCUGUUGAAACAAAAUAAUCAUACCCAUAUCAUAUAUAGACAAUAUUUCAAAACUCCGCUUGUUUACAAACUCAGAAUAUUAAAUCAGGCAUUGUAAAAACAAGAACUAUGUUUAAUGCUACUGGUUUGGAUUCAGAGAUACCUUGCACAAAUGAAAAAAGUUCAUCAGCAAAUUCUUUGAAUUUCCCUUUGGUGUCAUGGCAUAAUGCCAACCUGUAGGAAUGUUUUUGUAGAAAGAGAAGGUACAGAGGAUUGCAGGAGGAGAAGGAAACAAGAAGCUUCCAUUGCCUAAUACUGCAGAAUCUUCACUGAAUUUGACUUGCUGAGUACCAUUAAAUGAUUAUUAAACAUUUUAAUAACAUUAUAAUGUAUAAACAAUAUACCGUAUUUUUCGGAGUAUAAGAUGCACCUUAGUUUUUGGGGAGGAAAAUAAGAAAAAAACUGAUUGGUGGGUGGAUUGGCCUCCUGGAAUACCCCCAAUCAGCUGUUUCCAGAGGUGAAUUUUAGCAACAGGUUCGUUGGUUGUGAGCUCUGUGCCUUGCUUUUUUUUUCUGCCUCUGAAACUUCUGAAACUCCGUUGCAGGGGGAAAAAAAUCUGCCUCUGAAAGCCUCUGAAACAGAGCUUCAGAAAAAAAGGGCUUUUUUUCUGAAGCUUCUUUCAGAGGCUUUUAUUCUGAAGGACUAUCUGUACUCUGUUCAAUCUCCUUCCUUUGGUAUUGGUAUGUAGAUUAACCUCUUCCCGAUCUGUUGGUUAUUGUGUCAUUCUCCAGAUUUGUUAACAUAGUUUGGUUAGAACCUUUACUGAUUCUCUUGUUGCUUGCCAUAUUAUUUUAGAUAAAAGCCUUUCAGAGGCUUUUUUUUUUCUGAAGCUUCGUUUGUGAGGCUUUUUUUCUGAGGCUUCUUUCAGCCUCUGAAAUCUCCGUUUGCAAGGCUGGGCAGGGCUACAUUCGGAGUAUAAAACACACCCAGAUUUUCACUCUCAUUUUGGGGGGGAAAGGUGCGUCUUAUACUCCGAAAAAUACGGAAUAUCAUUAAACAAUUAAAUGAUUAUUUAGUCCAAACAUGGGUGCCCCAUAAUCCAGAGGGUGGGAACCUGUGACUCUUAGUGUAACUCCCAGAAUCUUUGAUCAGUGGCCAAAUGGGUUGGUGGAGCUGAGAUUUGUACCUCAGCAAUAUCCAAAGAGUUACAUCAGGGCUGUCAAACUCCCGGCCCGCAGGCCGGAUGCAUCACGUGCUGGCCACACCCACGCCCGGUUUAACAAAAGGGGGAAAAAGUCCCAAUACGUCACAUGACGUCACCAUGACAACGUGAGUUUGACACCCCUGAAUUACAUGUUCCUCUUCUUUGAAGGAGGCUAUACCGCAAAUUUGGUUAUCUAGUGUCUUUCCACUCUUAAGUUUUGGAUUCCAACUAUGGCCUACAGCAAGGAAUCAUAGGAAUUACAAUCCAGAACAGCUAGUGUGUACUAUGUUGCUUAUCCCUAAAAUAACAUAACAGGCAAUCAGUAUUAUAAUUUAUUGAAAUUUAUCUUAGUUCUACAUUUAUUUUAAGCAGUGCAUACUAAAUUAUUUCUACCCUAAUUUAUGACCAGUUCUUAAUUAGGAGGGAAAAAACCCUCUUGCUUUAGAUUUAUGGGUGCAUAGAGUCUAAUAAAGUGCAAUAGUCACAGGGGUUUUUACUAACAUGUAAAAAUUUACAUCUUACAAAAUGUAAGAGCGCCUGUGUGAAAAUUAAUAGAAAGACUAUAACAUUGCUGAUAUACUUUAACUUUGCUUUUAUUUUGUACUAAGACAGUGGGAAAUGUCAAUUUGCAGUUGAUGGGAAGGAAAAAGGGAAACUUUUACUUGUGAAAGUGGUAAAUUAAAACAAAAUAGAUUUGUGCAGUAUUUUUGAAUAUCAUACAGGAAAUAUAUUAUUUUGAUAAUUUGUCAUUUAGGGAAAAGUUUGCCAUAGUUCGAUGUUUUAGUCCGUGCUAACAAAGAUGCCUAUUUUUGCAGAGAAUAUGAUACAGAAUAUGUAUACUAUUCUCUGAACAAAAGCUUUUCUAUAUUGUAGAAAUGAACUUUCAAUAUUUAGUGGGAAUUCAAAAGCUUCUAAGCCAGUCAGGUUAGGAACAGCAACACUGCAAGCAGAGCAGACAAACCAAUUAUAGAUUUAUGGCACAACUAUAUUUUCAGUUUAAUUGAUCUCCAAAGGCACAAUCCAGUCUGUCACAAGAGCUUCGGGUCCAUGGGAAAUGAUUCAGCACAGGGCACACAAAACUUCCUUGUGAUUUCUUACCUUCAUUUCCAGGCACAUAAAGCUAUUUACACAGAAUCCAAUUAAGACAGUUAAACAAGCAUGAAUUCUUCUCCCUCACACCUUCCUCCUUUCUCUGCUUCAGCUAAUAAAGGAAUGGGAAUGUGGUGGUGAUUUAUUACUGCUUGUGCUCGUAUAUCUCGGUUAACUGGUUUUUCUAAGAGUAAUGGUAGUUGGCUUAAUCUUAAGGCUGUUCAGAUGUACAGCAAUCUCCUUCCCAGUUAGGAAUAAGAGAGUGUUCAUUCCAUCGGCUGGCCCGGUCUCUCAAACUGGCAGGACUUGUUCUUCUUGUUGUUCUUCAUCCCUAAACGAAGCCAUCUUCCUUGAGAAGAUACAUCUCUUGCUAGCUGCCUGUCUUCUUCAGUGGUCUUCCCUGGACUCCACCCGGGGACACUUCAGAAGCCUUGCCCCAAACUCUUCUGGAACUAGCAUUCCUUUAGCAAUUGAAACUGCCUAAAAUCCAUUUUGGAUUCCAAUCAUCUUUUUUUUUUAAAGGGGAUGCGGCUAAGACACUGAGCUUGCUGAUUGAAAGGUCGGCAGUUUAGCGGUUCGAAUCCCUAGUGCCGUGUUAACGGGGUGAGCUCCUGUUACUUGUCCCAGCUUCUGCCAACCUAGCAGUUCGAAAGCAUGUAAAAAAUGCAAGUAGAAAAAUAGGGACCAUCUUUGGUGGGAAGGUAACAAACUGCAUUCCGUGCGCCUUUGGCAUUUAGUCAUGCCAGCCACAUGACUACCGAGACGUCUUUGGACAGUGCUGGCUCCCUAGAGUCAGGAACGACUAGCACAUAUGUGCGAGGGGAACCUUUACCUUUACCAUAAUCUUUUCUUCUUCCCCCCAAACUCUCCUCAUCUUUCACUAUCUUACUUUUUUUUUCCCCACAUCAACCCAGCCUAAGAAAGUUUUGCCUGUAAGAAAAGUUUAUUUUCCUUUUUUCUCCCAAACUGCAUUAUUAGAUGAAUAGCUUCCUUGUCUUCAAGCGCAGGUGACAGAGUUGUGGAUAGUAUUUCAUUGCUGUAUGUUGUCACUCAGUCAUGAAGUAAAAUGAAGUACUUGUAGAUCACUCUGCUAGACACAUAUUCCUAAAGUUCAGAUCUCUGGGGUUUACGCCUAAGUAAGGAAUAUAGGAUUGCAGUAAGUGAGUCAUGCAUAAUGUUAAUCUAUCCUAUUAAAGGCAAUGGGGUGAAAAUUAAUUGAACAUUAAAGUAUUCAGGUGUAUAUUCAUUUAUAAGUGUAGAAUAGAAAUGUUCAUACUGGUUGAAGAACUAUUCUACUGUAGGUCUCAUGCCAAACUAGAUCAUACAGAAAGUGCAUACUUAAGAUGAAUAUACAGUGAUGGAUAUGACUGUCUUUAUUUAUUUGUCUUCCUUGAUGAUGGUACAUGGAUGCACAUACCAACGUAUCUACCAUAUACUUUCUGCUUUGCUACAUGUUAUCGUAAUAGAAUCUAAGACAAAAAUACAUGGUUCUGCAGCUACCUCUGUGAAGCAGCUUAUCUAGAUUGCAAUUCUGAAAAGAAAGCUUAGUUUUGUAUCUUAGUUUUGCUCUGGCAAAAGCUAGCAAAGAACUCGUGAUCCUGCAGCAUCUUUGUGAACCUCAAUCUUGACGUUGUUGAUACUUGCAAUUUAUGUCAGAUUCCCAGGGGUCAGAAGUUCAGUUCAGCUCUGAAGAGGACUGAAUAGGAUGUUCCCCAGGUCACCUCAGUUCAGAGGAAGCCAUCCCACUCUUGUGCGGUCUUGGCUUGAGUUGAAAGUACAUUAAAAGUUGGCUCGGCUUUAGAAGAUAAUACUCCCAUGACCUCUGCAGUUUCCCAGUCAUGCUGGAGGCUAAGGAGUCAAAAAAGGUUACAGGCUAUUGAAGUUUAGACAGAACAGGAAGCAGGGAUGGAAUGGGUUAGAAACUACCUCUUAACUUGGUAAACUUGUUUUUAAGCUGACAGAAAGAUGCUGGGAUCACAGUUCUUCUAGGGAGAGUUAGGGUUAGCCCAAUAUUUCAUUAAAAAGUGUCCAGUUUAAGAAGAGAUUAAUUUCUCAGAUCCGUUUUUUGCAUCCUUGUGACCAUUUAAUUUUCCCAGCUACCCAUAAAUCUGACUGCAGUAACUUUUUAGGAAAGCUAUUGACCAUAAUUGUUUGAAAGCAACUUUAGCUCAUGCCAGAUUUCCCGGUAGCACUGGUAUUCCAUAUUAUCCAGUUGUUUUCAUAGGAAUAACUUAAAUUUUAAAUACAAUGUGAAGGUUAUUUCCAAGUGGAAUUCUGGCUUUUCUCCACAAUCAGAACAAUUAAUAGUUCAGGCCCAAACAAAACAUUUUGCUCUGCCAUUUUUAAAAAAAACUCCAAUGCUGUUAAUCAUUUUAAUUGUUGCCUCUGGGAUUAUAGCCACUGUCCCAAUUCAUAUGCCUCUUUCCCUCAGAAAAGUAAAAAGUAAGUUGAAGUAGUAAACAGCACCCUACAGAUGUGAAGCAGGAGAAAGUGUACCAGUGUUUGUGAUUGCCUAGAUCUAUUUCAGUACUCAUUUCUGAAUACACAGCACUUUCCAUUUAAAGUCAUGUACCAUGACAUGUUUUCAGAAUUGCAGUGUGUCUGUUUGCUCAGAACAGUUGUUGUCUUCCAAUAAAGUGGUCUUUAUUGGAAGACAUUUUUUGGCCCAUUUGUGAACUGUGUGAAAGACAGCAAGGCUAUUGAACUCAAGGUGAAAUUUAAGACACUUUUGGCCUUUUAAUCAUGGAGGUGAGUGUCAGUUUUGGAAGACAAUUCCAAAACUUUGUGAAAACUUCAAGAUGCUUUCUGUUUAGAUCACUUUCAAGGAUCCACUUUUUAAAAUGUGUGUACACAGUUGAGUUGCAGAGGGUAUGCAACGCAUAGAAGGGUUAAUCCACCAUCAGUGUUCCAUACAAGACAUCACCUAUGAAGCCAAUGCUUGGUGCACGUAUGUUGUAUUAUGUUACAUUUGCACCAGCAUUAAUAUAUGAACAUGUAUGCUAGGAAUUCAGAAUUUUAUUUUAAAGUUUAGUGAGAAUCUCCAAGUGUUCACUAAAACCCUAAUUUGAAAUAAUGAUUUCAACCUACCCAAAAUCCAAUGUUUUGGUCAUAAUGAAGAACAAAAGGAGGGGCUUGUGAAACCUCAAAAAUUCUUGAUAUUUGUAGAAGGUUUCUUUUAUACGUAUUCUACAUCUGUCUCUAAGAGACAAUUUGAAACACAGUCAAAUGAAAUGUAAAUACGUUAACAUUCGCCGUUAGUGUAACCUAAAGUGACCAUACACAGUCACUUCUAGAUGUAGGCAGUUAUGGUAUCUUUGGUGUGUGCAUUAGACAAUAUAGAUUUUCCUUUUUUUAGAUGUGUGAAGAAUAUAUGUUUCAUGCAAUUGAGAUUCUGUCUUAAUGUCUAUAGGAAGUGUAAACUACUGAGAAAAAAGGAAAAAAUAAAUAAAAGCCUUGGCUGUAUGGUUAAAAUGAAAAAUAAACGCUUCAAAAGAAGCAUAUUUAAAUAAACAAGUCUUAAUUUUUA